AUGCACGGCAAAAUAUUUGUUCUACUUGAUCAGGAAAAAGAAAUUCUCGUUUUCUCUCGCUUCAAUCUAUUUAUCUUUAUCUCUCUAUAUAUUUCUCUUUUUUUCCCUUCAUUUCAUCCUCGAAUUCUUAAGCCGUUUCUCUUUUUAUUCAUCUUUUUCUAUUUAUUUAUUCUCUCUCUCUCUCUCUCUCUCUCUCUCUACCUCUCUCUCUCUACCUCUCUUUCUCUCUCUCUCUCUCUCUAUCGUACGCUUUUAAUAGUUUUUUCUACAUUUUUCACUCUUUCUAUAUCUUUGUCGUUCUCUCUGUAUAUCUUUCUUUUAUUGAUCUCUCUCCGUCACUCUUUUUCUGUCUCUCUCUCUCACACACUUUUUAUAGCUUUUUCCAUAUUUUUCUGUCUUUCUCUAUUUUUAUCUUUCUCUCUAUAUAUGUUUCUUUUAUUGACCCCCACCUCUCCGUCUCUCUCUCUCUUUCUCCCUCUCUUUCUCUUUUUUCUCUCAUACUCUCUCUCUCUCUCUCUCUCUCUCUCUCUCUCUCUUACGCUUUUUAUAGCUUUUUCUACAGUUUUCACUCAUUCUAUAUCUUUGUCGUUCUCCUUCGCUGUCUUUCUUUUAUUGGCCUCUCUUUGUCACUCUCUCUUUCAUAGCUUUAUCUUUUUCUCAGUAUACUUUUCUUUUAUUGACCCCCACCUCUUAUUCUCCCCCUCUCUCUUUUUCUCUCGUUCUCUAUCUCUCUCUUUCUCUUGUGAAUAUGCGACUAGUGUAAUGGACAACAGCACGCUAUUUUCUCUUUUUAUCUUCCUCUCACUCUUUCUAUCUAUCUGUUUAGCAUCUCUUUGUGGUUCAUUCUCUCUUUUUUUACUAUCUCUCUCUCUAUUUCUCUAUAUCUCUCUCUCUAUCUCUCUCUCUCUCUCUCUGUCUUUCAUUCUCUUCUGUUUGUUUCUCUAG